UCGGGCUCGGCUGUUUUUAAAAAGGCAAGGCAGUGCUCGAGUGGAUCAGUGCAGCUCAGGAAAGUUCUCGGGUGGAGAGAGUAUCGGAAUCCGUUUGGGGAAAGAAAAGGUGCUCGGGCAGAAGUUGAGUGUUUAUUUUUUGGCGUGUAUGUGUUACUGUGAGAGACUCGCGUGUAUACCGCUGCAGGAGAAGGCAGAUCUUGGGCAGAGAAAAGCGCGCCGCUUGAACUGGUUCUGUGUGUGAUAGAUGUUGUUGCAUGCUGCACUGCAGCCUGUCAGUGUUCACCCCUCUCAGCAGACAAGAGCGCACUCGUUUGGAUGAAGACUCUCGGGCUUUAGCUUAAAAAAUAAUUGGAUUAUCAGAAUCGGACCGCGUUUGUGUGUUCGUUAGAAUAAAGCCUCUAUAUAUAUAUUUAUAUAUAGUAUUUUUUCUUUUUGUAUUUGCGACAAAUUUGCACAUUUUUCUCCAACCACACCGCAAACAUGUUUUUGAGUUUUUGCCUUUUGGUGACAUUCGUCCUGGGGCUGUCCGGCUGCUUAGGCUCCUACGUGCCGUGCGAGCCCUGCGACGACAAGGCGAUGUCCAUGUGCCCCCCGGUGCCGUUGGGGUGCCAGCUGGUCAAGGAGCCCGGCUGUGGCUGCUGCCUCACGUGCGCCCUGUCGGAGGGGCAGGCGUGCGGGGUUUACACCGGGACCUGCACCCAGGGCUUGCGCUGUCUGCCGCGGAGCGGAGAGGAGAAGCCCCUACACGCCCUCCUCCACGGCAGAGGCGUGUGCACCAACGAAAAAGGAUACAAACCGUCUCAUCCUCCCAUAGAUCGUGAGUCACGGGAGUAUGACGACGCAAUGUCGCCCGAUAUGGCGGAGGACCUGCAACCGGCCAAGGUGCCCAUCAUGGCCAAGGAAAUCCUGAAGAAGGCCCACGCCGUGCGCAAGGAGCAGAAGAGGAAGCAGGGCAAGCAGCGGUCACUGGGCCCCCCCAUGGACUACUCCCCGCUCCCCAUCGACAAGCAUGAGCCCGAGUUUGGUCCCUGCAGGAGAAAGUUAGAUGGCAUCAUUCAAGGAAUGAAGGACACUUCUCGCGUGAUGGCUCUGUCUCUGUACCUCCCAAACUGUGACAGAAAAGGAUUCUUCAAGCGCAAACAGUGCAAGCCGUCUCGCGGCCGUAAACGGGGGAUCUGCUGGUGCGUGGACAAGUACGGCGUGCAGCUGCCCGGCACAGACUACAGUGGUGGGGACAUCCAGUGUAAGGAUCUGGAAAGCAGCAGUAACAACAACAACAAUGAGUGAAUGAGAAUAAAGAACAAUAUCAACAACGGGGGAAGAACUCUAUUACCCACAAUCCCCCCCACCUGAUCCCCCCUCCCCUCCACCCUUACCUGUGCACCACCUGACCUUGAACCCACACCUUCCUCUCUUGCUCCUCCUCCUCCAUCACCAUCGUCUUCAUCACACCGGUUGACUCCACCCUCCUGUCGCUUUGAGAUUUCUUUUUUGGGGGGGGGGGUUUGUCGAAAGGAAGAAAUAAAAGGAAAAAGAAUCCAAACGAAUGAAUGGGGACACUUAUAUUUUUCUUUAUUUCUUUCUUUACUUUUGUAGGCUCUUUUUGAUGUCCAAGCACUCAUCUUCGAACAAGGGUAUCCCCACUACCACCCCAACCCCCCCACACACCCUGCAAGAACAGACCCCCUAGACUUCUGCUCAAAGUGGGGGGCUCAUCUAUGUGCUGCCGCUCCCCCUCCCCAGCUACAUAUAUAUCAGAAUAUAUACACAUCAAUGAUAUAUUUUUGUAGAUGCUGGGAUUACAAUUCAAAUUUUUGUAUGAUAUGAAAUUAAUGCAAAACUAUUGUGGAGGGGGAAAAAACUGCAAUUAAGGCAUCUUGAAUCUAAUUGGUUGAUUGGUGACGUUAUUUGGUUUAAGUGGCUUCGUUCUUUUCCAAAAGAAAAUAAGAAAAUGAAUAUCUAUGAUGAGGUAUGGAUCGGCUGUAACAGUCGAUUCGGUCGGGGUAUUUUGUUUGUCACAGCACUUAUGAAUAGGGGAACCUGCUAAGAUGUAUGUGUAACUUCAGAAAACUGUGUGUUGAGUGAGUGUUGGUGUUUCCGUGAGUAUGUUUCUUUAUGUAUGAUCUUGUAUAGAUGUACGAUGCAACGAGCCUAUAACAAAGAAUGUCCUUUCUCUCUAUAUUUUUUCCUUUGUAAGUCACAAAAGCUAUAACUAGUGCUUGAAGUGGUUACUGAGCUGGGAAUUAUUUACUGGCCUUUGACAAGUAUGUCGCGGGGACAGACAGAGUGUGAGAAAGAGAGAGAGAGAGCGUUUGACAGCACAAUGGUGGACAGGUAACUUCAGAUGAACCUAUAUAAGUGGCUCGUUGACAAUGUAGCUAGCCUGAAAUGCCAACUGUGCCUAGUUGAACAGACACUGCCAUGCAGGGCAACACAGACUUUGACAGAGAGUCCUGACUCUACUGGGGAAAAUAAAAGAUUGACUUUUACAUUUUCUCUUUUCAGUAGCUUAAAGUGGCCUGACUCGCACACAAGACAAAGAUCAUGGAAAAUGUUCUGCCCUUGAGCCCUGAACGAACACUCAAUCUGUUAAACUAAAUAACUAUGCCUCGCUUAAGCUAACUCGAGUGCACAUUCAGGCUUGUGUUCACCAGGAAGGCCAGUGGAUCCUCUGCUCCUAUUGGGUGAAGCACAGUUUUGUACGGUAUCGUUUGUGCUGUUACCUUUGCCUUCAGUGAAGUAACGACCGCCCACUUUUGAGCCAUGAGUGGUGUACUGCUAUUACAGUGUAAUCGUGGUGUAUAACAUUACAUUUAAAUAUAGUUAUUGAAUGUUUUAUUUUUUGUUUUAUUUUUUUUGCCUUUAGAAACCAACAACGACAAUGUUUUGGUGCUUGAAAGAGAAAAAGCAUUGUUUCAGCAUUGUGUAGAAAAAAAAAGAUUGAAUCAUUGAGAGGAUGAGGAUGACAAAGCACGUACGCCAGUCCUGUGCUAAUAUGAAUGCAGAGCGGUUAAAAGAGGCUAGCCUUGAGAGACACUAGCCCGAUGUAUGCAUGCCGCUCUGGGGAAAUCUUUGUCAUUGCGUUUUCGAAAACUUCAAACAAUUACAAGUUACGACCAUUGCAAUUUGGGGGAAACAGUCAACACUUUUCCAACCACACAAGGGUAGCUGGCUAGGUCGUUUAGGGUGUAAUUUUCUAUCUUUGAGAUCAGGUUCUAGUGCCUUCCACCAUGAGAUGACGUUAGGAAACCGUGGCAAGAAAGUGACAGUUUUUGUUAUUUUUCGUGUGGCCUCUACGUUUUACAACAAAAGAUUCUAAGUCCACUCCUGAAACAGUUAAAGAACAAUGAAUGUGGUCGGUCCUUUAAAUGUUGUUUUUUUGCUGUCAUUUUUUUUCAAAUGUGUCACAAAAUCUGGUAUUAUUCCUCCCCCGUUCCCCAGCUAAACCCCGGGACAUUUCUGGACAAGAGUGAUUUGUGGGGGGAAAGAGCUGCGUAGCAACUAGCCGGUUCGAACCUCUCUCUCUUCUCUUUCUUACUUCUAUUAAUAAGCUAAUGGAUGGAUGUUUGUUUCAAGUGACUGCCAACGUACGCGACUGCCAGAACAGGGGAAGGCCAAAGGAUGUUUAUAAUACAGAGAUGGCUUAUCAAAGGAGGGUGUGAAUCUUUCUCCCAGGUGCAUACUCACUUUCCAGUUUUAUUGUUGUUUUAGUUUUUUUUAAAGAUUUUCAGAGGAGCCCAUUUGCUGAAUCACAGUGAGAACGUGCGAGAGAGAAACAGCAAGUGCAUUUAAAAAAUGGCUUUACAGUAGUGAAGGUAUACCCGAUACUUUCAUCCCCCCGACCCCCCCCCCCC